UGUCACGUGAGAUAUCAACAGUAACUGAAUGGCGGGAAGGGAAUGUGAGAGUUUGGAAUUAUUCUACGAAUGGUUAUCUUCAAUGAGACAUAUGCGUGGCUGCAGUGAUAUAAAUGUGCAGAAAUAGAGGAGGACACUCCUCUUACUGAUUAUAUGAUACAUCUUCGAGUGGUUCCAGUUGAGGCCACCAACCUGCCAGGAAAAUGGCAGAAUAUACUCUGCAUCAUCAUGUUAAUGAACUUAUUGAUCUACUUGAUAUUCGAGAAACCGAUACUGUUGGAGCAGAUGUGUAUGCUGAGAUGCUAUUAGAAAGUUCAAAGAAUCCGUGUGUGCCCUCUUCAUUCCCCACCUUACAGAUUAGGAAGAAGGUGUCAGAGAGAGCACCUGAGAGAUUGAAGUUUUUAGAAAAAUAUGAAGAAUUGAAAAAUUUGAAUAUCCGUGGUUUGAAUCGCUUUGUUUUCUUUCUGUCAGAGAUGUGUGAAGACACAGAGACCAUAAAAUUUUUGAGUGAGAAUGAAGAAAAAGCCGAAGCAGAGGCAGUUGUGGAAGAGACUAAUGAAACCUUUAAUCUUAAUGAAAGUAAGAUGCCAUUCCCAGAUCUGGAUGAGUUAAAAGAUAAAUUACGGAAAGCUCAGGGAACAACACAUAUUUUCAAGGAUAUUCAUUUAGUUGCUCCUCAGAAAAAACGUGUUAUGACAGUGCCUGAGCAGCCAGAUUGGUUGUUUUCAAGAUCUUGGUUAACAAUGGAUUAUGUACACGAUAUUGCUGGUUACACUGAUGAGCAUCUUCCUGUUCUUGGCACCCUGUCUCUUAGUGAACAAGAGAAGUUGGUUAUUGCUGAUCUACUUUUCCUUUUACAGGGUGUAGAAGGCAGUUACAUUUUACCAAAGCCUCUAAAGGCUAAGUAUGACAACAAAGAAUUUAUUGUUGAUAGUAGCCUUGAUCCUUCUUUAUCUGAGCUCACACAACGAAUUCUUCCUUUGUGUUCAUAUUAUUCUACAGUUGUUCGAUUUAUUGAAGAGAAAUCAGCAUAUGAAUAUGGUUUAGUGAACCAGGCGUUGGCUGCCGCUAUGCGGUCAUUAAUAAAAGAUUAUAAUAUCCUUGUGGCCCAGCUGGAGCAUGAAAACCGCCAGGGUCGGUUAGCACUCCAGAAGUUAUGGUUUUAUUUACAACCAACAAUAAAGACAUUUGAGAUUCUUGCUUCAAUUUCAAACUCAAUUAACAAUGGAAAAUGUAUUGGAGAUGCUGUGCUAACACUUCUGCAUGAAAUGACAUCAGGUUUUGCAGGAGAUACUAAAAGUCAAGAACUUUGCCUUUUUUUAACUCAAGCGGCGUGUGCUCCAUACUUUGAAAUUUUGGAGAUGUGGAUCUACAAGGGGAUUAUUAACGAUCCAUAUGAAGAGUUUUUUGUUGUUGAGAAUGAAGAGGUCAACAAGGAGAAAUCAUACAAUGAGUAUUGGGAACAGAAUUACGUUGUGAGAAAAGACAGAACUCCAAUCUUUUUGGCACUUGUUGUCCAAGAAGUAUUAAAAACUGGGAAAUAUCUAAAUGUUGUACGACAAUGUGGUAGAGAUGUAAAAUGUCCUUAUGCUGAAGAAAUGAUUUAUACAUUGAAUGAAAAAGGAUACUUUGAUCAAAUUGAAAAAGCGUAUAAUUAUGCUUCAAAAGUUUUACUAAACUUAUUGAUGGAAGAGCAAGAACUGAUGGCUCGACUAAGGUCUAUGAAACAUUAUUUCCUGUUGGACAAAGGAGAUUUUAUUGUUCAGUUUAUGGAUAUGACAGAAGAAGAAAUGAAACAGCCAUAUAAGAACAUAAGUUGUAGGAGAAUGGAAACUUUGCUAGAGCUUGCUUUACGAACCAGUACUGCAAAUGUUGAUCCUUUCAAAGAUGAUUUGAGGAUACAAUUCCAGGAAACUGACCUAAUAUCUCAGUUAUAUGAUAUUCUGAAAGCAAUGCGCAGUAGCCCUGUUGAGUGUAAUUUGUCUGGGCUGGAAUCUUUCUCCUUCAAUUAUAAUGUGAAAUGGCCACUAACUCUUGUUUUAAAUAGAAAGGCUCUUAUGCUCUACCAAUUAUUAUUCAGACAGCUUUUCUACUGCAAACAUGUGGAACGACAAUUAUGCAAUUUAUGGUUGCAAAAUAAAUGUGUAAAACUGCUCCCUUCUAAAGGUUACACUGCUGCAUUUGCCUUAAGGCAACGCAUGUUGAACUUUGUCCAGAAUUUAGAAUACUAUUUAAUGGUAGAAGUUAUUGAACCAAAUUGGCAUAUUUUUCUAAACAAGAUGGAAACAGUGUCAAAUAUUGACGAUGUCCUUUUGCACCAUGGGGACUUUUUACAUAAUUGUUUAAAGGAGGGUAUGAUGACAAAUGUUGACCUACUGCGUAUAAUCCACAAGUUGAUGGUAGUCUGUAUCACAUUCUGUAAUCGUAUUCGACGAUUUAACGAAUCUUUAGAAGGUCUUCCUGAAAGAAGUUGGUUGACUCUGACUAAUUCCUUGCAAGCUACCAGCCCGGAGGAUCCGAAAAAGAAGCAAAUUUCUAAAAAGGUUGUUGCUGAAGCUAUGACUGAUGAAUCAACUGAACACCUUGGCACUGUGAUAUCAAUGUUUGAAAGUAACUUCAACAAGUUGCUCAUGGAAUUAUUAGAAAAAAUGGCUUAUAUGAUCCAUGGUAAUGGUGAACAAGCACUACUUUGCAGGCUUGACUUUAAUGGCUUUUAUGCAAAAAACUGCUCAUCGUUUGGGAAGUUAUUAAGUGCAGAUGGCACAUUGUCUUCUGAAAGGAGCGGACCCUCCCAAAGAAUGAGUAAUUCAGAAAAAAGCAAUUUACCUGGUCUUUCUAGUCCUAAUUUCUCUCUAUAAAUUGAUAAGAUGCAUUCUGCUGAUUGAAUGCAGCCAUUUUCCUGCAUUUUGUUCUUUGGGACAAUGAAAUUAUUAAUAGAAGCAAUUACUGCUUUCUAUCUAAACUAUUCACUCUAAGAGUAAAAUAUUUCAUCUUCUCUGGCACUCCAUGUCAUUGGAAGUUUAUUACUAUUCUUUCAGCUCUAUUUACAAACAUUUCUAUGAGCCUGACAAAUUAAUAUAUAAUUGAUUUCAUAUUGCAAACAUUUUAUUGAUUAUAUUUAUUUUAUUCCAAAUGUGCACACUUUUUUUGA